AUGUCUCUGCCUCGGAGCAACAGCGAUACCCACUCACUCGAUAGUGAUGAGAAGAAACCAGGCUCCUGGGACCCUCGUGCGACUGCCGAUGUAGUCCAGUACGACAAGGGUGUUGAUGAGGCACUAGACUUGGUCGCAGGUCAUGCCGACGACCAACCUGUUGACCCCGAGGAGGCACGAAGGAUCCGUGCAAAGAUUGACUGGGUCAUUCUGCCGCUGCUCUUUGCCUUGUAUACUCUGCAAUUCGUCGACAAGUGUGUAUAUCCUCAUCGUGUUCGAAGUGCUGAGCUAAACGUUUCAUUCAAGAGGUACCCUGGGUGCUCCUCAGUAUUAGGGAUUAUACAAGACAACCACCUCACAACGGAUCAAUUUAACACCCUAGGAUCUGCAUUCUAUAUCGGUGCGCCAUAUUUGUGGCUUCCCUUCACCCUUACCGACUCGUUUGAUAGGUUAUAUCGUUUUCGCUACCCUCACUCUUGGGCUCUCCAACGGUUCCCUGUCGCCAAGUAUCUCGCAGCCAACAUUUUCUUCUGGGCAAUUCUUAUCGGACUUCACUGCGUUUGCAAGAACUUUGCCGGGCUGUUUGUUCUGCGCUUCUUGUUGGGAGCUUCGGAAGGAUGUAUCACCAACGGGGUUAUGCUAGUCACUUCCAUGUUCUAUACUCGCACAGAGAUUGGAGAGCGCAUUGGCUGGACCUUCCAGUGCAACGGUUUUGCGCUGAUCACAUCCGGAUUUUUGUCUUUCGGCGUUGCGCACUCUUCCCCCAAUGGAAAACCUGCGCGCUGGCAACUCUUGAUGAUAAUAUACACGGGAUUGACACUUAUCGUCGGAGUCUGGUUCCUUCUCCUAUUUCCCGACAGCCCGGUCAAGGCACGGUUCCUGACCAAGGACGAAAAGGUCAAGGCGGUAAGGCGCAUUCAAUCCAACCAGAGUGGGAUCGAGACCAAGUCCUGGAAGCACGAGCAAGCUGUCGAAGCGGUCAAGGACGUUAAGACUUGGUUGUUCUUCUUGUUCGCGGCUAUCUCUAACCUGCAGAAUGGCUUUGGCACUCAGUACAGCUUGAUCAUUAAAUCCUUUGGCUUCACGACGUUGCAAACAACCGCUCUGAACAUUCCAGCUGGCGUCGCCAUGAUCAUUUCUAUCACACUAUCCACUCUGAUUCUUCGCCGUUACCCUAAUGCCAGGUGUUGGAUUGCGGUCGCCUUCUUCGUCCCCUCUGUUCUAGCCGUUAUCCUGCUGAUCACGCUGCCCUGGCAUAACCGCAUUGGGCUCUUGUGCGCGUACUACGUGCUUAACUUUGGUGGCGCUCCCUCUUUUGUUAUGGUCCUCUCGUGGGUCACUGUCACUACCUCAGGUCACACCAAGAAACUGGCUGUCAAUGCCAUCUUCCUUGUCGGUUACUCGCUUGGCCAAGUGCUUUGCACUCAGUUCUGGAGAGACGAGUACAAGCCAAGGAAUUACGUCCCUUAUGCGAUCUGUCUUGCUUCGUAUGCUUGUGAUUUCAUCUUGCUCUUCGCGAUCCGCUAUGUCUUGAAGAAGGAGAACGACCGGCGAGACGCAUUGCAAGCUGUCCAAGCACAGGAAGAUUAUGGGUACGUUGAGAGGGUUGACUCGGAUGGACAGAUCCGCGAUUCCCUUGACCGAGAGGCCCAUGCCCAGGAAUUGCAAGCGGACCUUCUCCGAAGGCAAAGGCUCCAACAAAACGUCCGGAUGAUCGAGGCCCGAGAUCGUGAGGAACGCGAGAGGCAAAUGAUAUCCACUCAAGCGGAGCCUCGACCUUUGCGGGUCACACAGGGCGAUGUGAGAUCUGACCCGCAAAGUUCAAAUCAACAAGAAAGACCUAAGAACGUCGAAGAUCCAUGGGAAAAGGCCAAAAAAGAGGCUCCACCAGAGGAGCCGACCUCAUGGCAGCCUCAAACCGCUCGGCGAAGAUAG